AUGUUGGUAGUGGACACCACGCCCCAGCCGUCACACACAGGAACGGAUAUUUCACUAGAGUCAGUGAUAGCCACUGAAAUCAGGAUAGAAGCUUGCCUAAUCGACUGAAUAAGAAUAAAUAUCAAAUGAUGUAUGGAUAUUAUUUUCCUCAACAUCAUCCAUUAACUUAAGAAAAGGCGUAGAAACGUUGAUCAGAGCAAGAUCUUUAUUCGUAGUGGGCAUGGCAAUGAACUUGCUCCUUCUGGCUCUCAGUUGAUCAGUUUGAGCGUUUUUGGCUACCAUUAUUAAUUUUUGAGUUUCAUGACGUUUUUGUUUUUUCUAAAAGUUCUGAAAAAAAUUUUUCUAAAAGUUCCCCUGGUUAAGCCUAUAAUUUUUUAACUUUUUUUAAGCCACUUUUUUUUUAAAAAUUUUGUUCUUUCCACCAAUCUCACAAAUUUGUGAAAUAGAAAUAGUUUUUGUGUAGGGGAAAACCAUUACUUAACGCAGGCCACGCCCCUGGGCUCUUUUUGCUUGGAGCUCCUGUUGGCCCUUAAAUUUUCAUUCUUUUCUUUUCGUUUUUUUUUGUCAUGGGGUUAUUUUUUGACUUCUUUUCUCAAUCAUUGACGACCAAGAUACACGAAAUUUCGAUUUCAAUGUUUUUUUUUCACUUUUUUAUUUUCUUUUUUUCUUGUUGAAAAUGCGUUUUCGCUGGCAGGUGCAAAGUUAUUCAACUUCACAGAUAUCGAAUAUUUCCCAUAUUCGCCGAAAAAAGCCAUUCAUUUGGAAAACCUUUUUCAAAGUUUCAGGAGGCUUUGGAUGUCGUCGUCGGAGUCAGAAGACGUGCAGCACGUCUUCCGUCGGUCUCUCAGGUUUCUUUUCCCAUGUCAUUUAUUUCCUCGCCUUUCCACUUACAAAUUACUCGAAAAAAGCUUUUUUUCACUGGAGUUCAUCAAAACCGGAGCCAUAGCCAUUGAAUUUCAAACCAAAAUGUCAAAAUGUUUUAUUUCUCACACAAAAGUACAAAAUUCAUUAAUUGAACGGAAAAAAGUUUUUAAUUUUUGAGAGGCAUGUGAAAAUUUCAGUGUUGAGAAAAAAAGUAAUAAAAAUUAAGAACCUGUACAGAAUAACAAAAGUUCUCAUUUGAUACAGUUACCUUUUAAGGAAAUAUUGGGAAGCUUGUUCUGAAGUGGUGUGCCAACAACAUUAAUACAUUCUUUAUUAUUUUCUUCUUUUAGACAAACCCAACGUCUUGAAAUAUUUUGGACAAACAGCGGUUCACUUACUUCCUCGCCCUUGUGACUAUAUUUAGAACAACGUUCGAAGCUUCCGAAGGCAAAAAUGAGAAGGAAAAGUACGAAGCUUAAUUAAAACGACGCGAAAGACUAGAAGAGAGGAAGGCCGUGAAAAAAGUCAUAAAAAAUAAACAUUUCUAUCAAUUUUUACCUACACUUCGAGUGCCAUUUGAAAAUGAAAUCUCUUCCCGAGAAUUUUUCAAAUUUUCUGAUUUAAAGUUUGAUUGAAAAAAAUUCCUCUCGAGGCUUGACGUAAUCACUAAUUCAAUCCGAAAUUUAAAAAAAUUAUAUAUUCAUUUAAGUUUCAUUCAGAAUGCAUUCGUACGGAAACUUGUAACAAGAAGCCCUAAUAAUAGCUUCGGAAGAAUAUGAGAAAAUCUCAGAGUUAUAAAACAAAGAAAUGAUGCGCGAUGAGCCGUAAAAAGCCUUUUAGGCAACAGGCCUAGAAGUAAGAAAAUUCAUUGGAUUUUUGCCAGAAAAAGUUUGGGGGACUCUUUUUGUGUGGACGAAUUUUAAUGUUUCACCAGAUUUUUCCCUGUUUGUAUAGAGUAUAAUGCAAAAUCUUUGUACGAGGAAGUAUGAAAAGUUCUUUCGUAUAAUCUAAAAUCUCGAUAUAAAAACUCUUGUGGGAAUAUAAUUACGUUGAGGUGCACUAAAUAUGCAUUUUUUUUUCACAUCUUCAGAGACAUAAUCGUAUUUUCAAAGCGACGAACACGCAUAAAUAUAACCAGCUCUUCUCGAAAACAUAAAAUUUGUGUCAUAAAUUUCAGUUUCCUUUAAAUUUGUUGUUUUUUUGUCGCCAAGAAUUGUCAGAGCCACUCGUGACAAGCUGUCAUUAACAUAUGGCACGAGAACCCACAAGCAAGGAAUUCGAAUUAUUUCCAAUGAUUUUCCUUCCUACGCACUCAGGCUUCUUCGAACUUCUUUUUUUAUAUUUCCUACUGAUAAACUAGAUACUGAAUCAUAACAGUUUGUUCGAAAAGCAGCGUUUGAAGAUGCUGAAAAGUCUUAACAAAAGCAAAAGCGGAAGCCCUUAUGAAAUUGAAUAACUGAGUAUGGUCCAUAAUGUAAUGCAGAUCGGCGGAUUAUCUAUAGAGUUCAAACAAGUUUUCGCAUGUCAUUUCGCUGCUCGACUUUUUGUCUCAUCACAUUAAAUUCUUAUUUCUUUAGAGAAACUUUUCUUGAACUUUACCGAACUAUAUAUUGCACGUAAGAGACCUUUUUUUCAAUGUGGCCGUUUUUCAACUUGAAUUUUCCGGAGUUUAGAUGACUUACACAGUGUUUUUCAAUUUUUUUAUCAAAGUUAUAUUUAAUAAAUAUUGAUAAACAGUUUGUAAAAUUGAAAGUUAUUUCUAUUAAGAAAACAAUAUUUUUGGUCAUCUCCACUUAAGUUUGGUCUUUUGAAGAAGAAAAAAAAAAUUAAAACAAGCGAAGGAGAGAUGAAAAGUUUGGAUGUGGCCAGUUUUUCUAACUCUUCUAUAAAUAACGCUGUUUUUCUGUUCUCCAUGCUCAAAUUUAUAUGACAGAUUUUGCGGCCCGCCACUAUAAUUUUAGUUUUCUUAGCAACCCAGUUUUAUAAUUUUAAGCGAAGAUUUAUGAAUGUUUUCGAAAGCUCUCAUUUCCUCUGGGGCGUGUCUUCGGUUUCUUAAUGUAUUCCACGUAUUUUAAUGGCAAAAAGGGUUGAGCCUCGAAAUUUAUAUCCAUUCACGAAAAGAGGAGAUUCUUGAAUGAAUUUCGCGUUUCUCAGCACGAGAACGACGUCGAAGGAACGGCUGCCGUUGCGGCGUCAGCGUCCGUCGACGCUCCACGUCCGACGUCAUCGCUCCACCGCCAUUCCCACCGUCCGUUCUCCUUUUUUCGAAUUAUCUGCAAAACGUUUUUUCAUAGAUCGGAAAACUGUUUUAUUUAUUAAUCUGUAUCAAUGAAAUAUUAACUGAAUUUAGGUUUCCAGAAACUUUUUUCAGGAAAUAAACCCUAGCAAAAAAAACCAAUUGUAGUUCUGAAGGUUUUCUUGGCUAGACUGAGAAUAUAAUUUUCUUUUCUUUUUUUUUCGUUUUGAAACAGCGGACACUUCGAACGGACACGUGCGUUCAUGCUUAUGCAUUUAUGGAUACUCUUUGUGACAAAUUAAUUUCCUCCCCCUUACGAAUUUUUCUCAAUAUUCAAAGUUGCACCCAAAAUAUCUUUUCUCUUGUCGUCCGUUGGCAAAGAAGAAUCGGUUGAGGUGCGGCUGGAGGAGUCGCGGGAGGUUGAAGUAUCCGGAAGCAACGACGAGUCUGCGGACCGGCUGCGCGUCGAGCCGUACGUCAGCCGCAGCAUCUCUCCGCUCGGCCGUUCCCACGUUCGGUGAGUCUCCCUUACUCAGGUGCAAACAGCGGCCAAAACGAUCAGUUUGAUCUUUCUUCAACCGUGCUCUGAGAUUUAAGAAAUAGAUAUUCGGCUUGGAAACUUCUUGAGCUGUCCGUUCAAAUUUCAGCCUCUCUUUUUUGAGUCAAUAGAGUUUCUUUUUUAAAAGAGCUAUAUCCAAACUAUCGAAAGAAAUUUUUAUCGGCUUCUAUGUUUCUCAUGACCGAUAUUUGGCCUAAUUCUGAUGACCAGAAUCAUUUUUAUAUGCCUUUUAUUUUUUGAACAUAUCAACGCUCUUAAUUCUAUCAGAAAUAUUUAUGUUCCGAUCACUGCGCUGGUGAGAGAAUAUAGAUCGCAGACACACCAGACUCGUUCAAGUAGUGAAGUAUGAGCAAGACAUUUCGCAUUCAAAUUUUUCUUUUAGAGUGAAUUACUCAUUUUUCUUUCGUUUUCGGCACAAAAAUGUUAUUUUUUGUGACGAAUGCUCGACUUCAACUCCUAUUCUCUUCAUUUUGACAACGGUCUCAGAGCCUUCCAUCGGAUUUUCACGGACUUUUUCUGUUCAUCUCGCGUGUAGAAGCGAGGGCGUGGCUGAUUAAUCCUCACGCUCUUAGUGACAAAGACCGGAUACAUGACAAGGAUCGGAUUGGAGCUUUCAGAUUCCAAAUUGCACUUUCACUAUCACAAUCAAGCUUUUUACUAAUCUUUUAUUGAUGUUUACCUUUUUCCAAUUUUUUUCAAUAUCCAGAUUUCAAAUUGACGUUAGAUAUUCAGACGAGGCGAGGUACUGGCGAUGCUCAACCGCAUUUGGAAAAGCGACGAAUGUACCAAAAGGGGCUCAGUUCAAAAGAUGAAAGCCCUCGAUAUCCCUGUGUGAGUUUCUUUGAAUAUAAACAUUUUCAAUUCAUUCAUGAGUGUAGCGAGCUUUUAACAGUACCUUUUUUAUUUUUCUGGUCGCAGAAGAAACAAUUGAAGCCAUUCCAUGUGCGACCGAGGCGGUUGGAGCUCAAUUGGUCCAAUUUAAAAUUGUGAAUAACAUCGACACGUAGUUAAGGGCUCAAAUUUUCUCGAGGUUUCAGAAAUGCUUGGCAACCCUGAACUUGAUACAACUGAAGUCACUAGAGAGAGUCUAUUUGAAACGCUCGAAAUCCUAGGCCUAAAGGCUUUAUCUUACAGAAAAAGAUACGCAUUGAUUAUCAAAAAUAACUGAAAAUUGGAGUCUUUUAUGUCCUUUUCCGCCGUUCCUUAUUUUUUUUUUUGACGCGUGCGUCACAUCGAAAAACUUGCUGGGAAAAUUUGUCGUCAUAAUUCCUUCAACGUCGAUCUCGUUGAGAAUGUCUGCAGCGGAAAGCGCUUGUGCGUGGUGAGAAAAAAAAUCCAAAAAUUUAAGCUGAGAUAUCGAAAAACGAGGACAACAGGAAGUGGAUUUUAUUGAUUUCAAAUGGGAUAUAUCUUCAAAAAGAGCUCUAAAAAUUGUUUCAAUGUUGGUUCAGGCCCAUCUUCAUUACUUUUUCCACAACUUAAAAAAUUUAGAGAACUAUAUAAGUUUCAUCGCUUAUUAUUGCCUUUGUUUUUGAAAAAAGUGGGACCCAUCUUCCAAAAAAACAAAAAUCUUCUCCUAAUUACUGGCCCCUUUUGAAAGCAGCCUUCCGAAAAUCAGCUUUCUCACCUGAGCAAAAUACCUUCCAUGACGCCAUUUUUUCUCGUUUCUGGGCUCCUACUCAUGCCCAAUCCAAUUUGAUGGCAGUUCGGUCCGAUGAAUCCCUCUUAUUUUGAAAAUCUGCUCUUCAUUCGACAGAAUGCUCUCGGCUUUACGUAACUUGGCUCGGCGGUCAGUUUCUGAACAAAUAUUCCAAUUGAAUAUAAAGAAAGAAAACGAAAGAGUUCUGGAAAGCCCUGAAAUGUUUGGCAUUCAUACUCGAUCAUUCCAGUCUCGACAUUUUUCGUCGCAUUGGAAUGGCUCAAAGCGUCGCGGUCGCUCUUAGAAUCGUAUCAUGCGUUUUUAAGUUCAAAAACUUGUCUUAUACUUAUCGCGAUCCUCCGUUGCGUCAUUAUGAACUUUUACUGACCAAGUUCUUCAUCGAUCUUAAAAAUUCAAAAACAUCAUAAAAGAGAAAAAAAUUUUUUUCUGAAUUUUGCGGUUUUUUUAUUGGAAAAAGUUGUUCAUAAUUUUAUGAAAUUGAUGUAGUACUUUAUGAUAAAGGUCUUUUUCAAUAUUCAUUUCAAACAUCAGAAUAAAACUAUAUAAACCUUGUUUUUGCUAAAAUUUUGGAACGUUUGAAGAACACAGCACGUGCGGUUGACGGCAUUAAUAUUUUUGUUUGGGUAGGAGAAAAAAAAGUUCUUGAAAGAAAUCGUUGAAACACGAAAAGUUGUGAGUCGAUCGAGAAACGUCAAGGGCCUGUUUUCCUGCCCUCUUAUUUCCUGACUCCGCCCCUUUUUUGUCCAUCUUCAGCUCAUUUUUUCGCUUUUUUACAGCUUGCGCCUUUGAAUGCUCCGCGUUUUGUAAGUUCUUUCUCUCAUUCUGAAAAAUUUUUUUUUCAAAUUAAAAAUCAAUAUAGAUUCCUUUUUGAAUGUAAUCCCUGACUUUUUUUGGAGUUUCAUCAGAAUAAGAUUUUGAAUCUCUGGAUAUAAAUGAGAAGUUACUGAAAUUGUUUACUUCCUUUUUUGUCUCCAUCAUAUUUAAUAAUGAUUGAUUGGAAAUAAUCGUGGAUCUUUCAUUAUUAACGAUGAAUAUUAUCGAAGAGAAAUCUGGCAAGAACUAAAAUUUGUUGGAUGUUUUGGUGGACCUGCUUUGAACAUUACGGAUUACAAGCAGGUCCGCACACAAGUCAAUAGUACCUAUAUUAUCGAGUUGAAGAGAGAUACAACAGUAGUUUGAUGGCAGUUUCGACUUUCUUUUUUCAGCGAACCGCUGACGAGGCAGCUCUCGCUUUCUGACACCAACGUCACACCGAACGUUCUUCCCGUUCGCGUCAACCGUCUCUGUCUGUCUGCGCGUCAGAAAAAGCUUCUCAAGGCACUCGCAAAUUAAUUAAUCAUAUGAUAAUAUUUUAACAGAAUUCUUUCAACACUCUCAAUUCUGGCGGAACCUUCAUGAAAUUAAUGGAACAAAUAUUUCGACGGCUCGAGUGUAAAUUCCCCGACAUGAGGUGUGUCAGUCCGUCCUCUGAUCAACAGACGUCAAAAAAAUUGGAGCAGGAAAAAAAAGGAAAAAAAAGAGAUCAGUAGCGAAAGAACUGAGUUGACAGUACUUCUUAGGAGUUAUAAUCACGUUUCAGAUAAAUUCACGAGAGAAAAUAGGAUUCGAGUCUACCAUUCCAAUUCGAAAUUAGGUUUAAAGACGACCUAAAACACUGAGAAAGGACUAUCACACCAGAUAAAGUUUUCUCAAAAUCGAAAGAAAAAUUGUACUACCUAUUGCUUUUGAAAACAUUUGAAAAUUCCAGAGAUAUCGUGGUGAUUCUGUUAAUAAACUCGCUAAAGUACAUUUUGAUGAAAGCACUUUGAAAUUCUAAGCUUCAGGUCGAUAUUUUUGACGACGGCUUUCGUGAAUUCUUUGUCGAGGGAGCGUAGUUCGCCGACUCUGGUGAGAACCGAGCAUGACCACUGCAAGUGCAUGGUGGGCAUCUUCGAGCGGAUCGUCGAAAAUCUCGACCAGGUCGACGAGCAACUCGCCAUGGUCCGGCAAUACGGUCAGAAACACGCUCAGGUAUUCCUUCAUCUUCUUUUUUCUCAGAAAAAAACAAGAAUUAAGAUGGCCGAGAGCGGAUUCUUCAGGCGCCAUGAUAGAACAGUUCGGCGAAAUCGCCGUUUCUGUCAUUGCCGCUCAAGUGAACUUUUCCUAUCAAGUUUUAUUGAACAAAAACUUUUGACUUCAGGACGUCGUCAAGUUCAAUCACGAAUCCAUUAAAGCUUGGCGGCUACUGUUGGCGUCUGUUACGGAUGAAAUGAAAGUGAGGAGAUGAUAUAAAAAGUUUCGUGUUGAUAUUUAUUUUUUAGGUUGGUUACGAUAGAACGUCAAAAAUUAAAGAACGACGAGGAAGUUGUUCAAACCGCUCCGUUUGUCUUUCCACGACAUGA